AUAUCUCCAAUGGCGAUCUCCGAUCUCUCUCGAUCCUCCCUCUUCUUCGCAGACCAACGCCUUUGCUCCGCCGACAUCCUCUCGCCCUCUGAGGUCCGAGCUCGAAUCGAGAUCGCCGUCCUCAACUUCCUCAAAUCCAUCUCCUCUCCCGAUCCCUUCAUUCCUGAUCUCCCUCUUAUCUGCAGGGAUGGCAAGAAUGCUGGGAUUCGUCGCAGCCUGCUUACGGACGUCUCCUCAGUCUACGUCUCCCAUUCUUUCAUCACGAGAUCCCUCAGGGGACCUGGAGAUGCCAAGGCCUUCAUCAGAGUGUGGAUGGUGAUGGAGCUGUGCUUCCGGAUCUUGGGUGAUGGGAAGGUAGUCACUCAAAGGGAGCUCUUCUACAAGUUGCUAUCUGAUUGGCCUGACUACUUCUCUUCCCAGUCACUAGUCAAUGCAACCGUUCAAGAUGUGGUUGCAUUGCUCCGAUGCAGUAGGCAAAGUCUUGGGAUCAUGGCUUCAAGCAGAGGGGCAGUCAUUGGGCGCUUAUUGAUUCAGGUGCCUGGUCAUGAGAUUGUUGAUUGUACUCUGGUUGGAAAUUCUGGAUAUGCUAUCACUGGAGAUUUAAAUGUAUUGAGUAAGCUGGUUUUGAGUUCAGAUGCUCGGUAUAUUAUAGUAGUUGAGAAGGAUGCUAUCUUCCAAAGGUUGGCUGAGGAUCAAUUGUAUAAUCAGAUACCAUGUAUUCUGAUCACAGCCAAAGGGUAUCCUGAUAUUGCAACGAGGUUUUUUCUACAUAGAUUAUCACAAGCAUUUCCUUCCCUGCCGAUCCUGGCUUUGGUGGACUGGAACCCAGCCGGACUUGCAAUACUAUGCACUUAUAAAUUUGGAAGUAUAAAGAUGGGUUUGGAAGCAUACAGAUAUGCUUGCAAUGUUAAGUGGCUUGGACUUCGAGGAAAUGAUUUGUAUAUUAUACCUCAACAUUCAAUGGUCCAACUGAAGGCUCGGGACUUACAAAUAGCUAAAAGCUUACUGUCGUCUGAUCUGUUGCAGGAUAUAUACAGGGAAGAGCUGGGAUUUAUGGUAGAAAUGGGAAAACGAGUUGAAAUUGAAGCUUUAUACUGCAAUGGAUUUGAAUACUUGGGAAAAUACAUUGUAAAGAAGAUUGUUCAGUGUGACUACAUCUGAUGGAGACUAUUUACAGUGAAGGGAGGUAUAACCUGCUAUUGAUGACUUGCUUCUUCUGCAUCUCAAGAGUAUGUGAUUUAGUCCAUGAAGAAGCCAUAGAUGAGGGUGACAUUCUGAAGUGUACUUAAUUACUUGGGAGUUCUUCCUUCUCAGUAAGCCCUCUAAUGUGAAAAAUUAUCAUCUAAACUGAAAAUUCGACCGAAUUAGCUAAUAUGUGAUUCAUGAAUUUGUUAAGUUCAGCAAUCCAAUUGAAGAAAUACUUGCUUCUACUGUGCCUUCCUCUGACACUUGGGAACAAUUUAAGAUUUGAAUUGCCUCAAAUUAUGUGAGAAGGAAAAAUCCUCGUCCUUUCUAUCUUCAUGUUCUUAUCGCCUUUGCUGCUUUUCUUCAAACAAAUCAUAGGGUAGGUAGCAUCAGUAUGCAAGACAACUAGAUACUCAUGCCAACGCAACACAAGGAGAUGUUAAAGUGGAGAUUGGCAGAGUUUAAAACACUUUCUUUCUGAGAAAGAAAGCACUUUGAUGGUUUUUGUUUAUGCCAUGACUUAUAACUGAAAUCAACUAGUUUACUUUGGCUAGUCAAAAUUUUCGGGCAUGUCCUCCUCAUGUAAAACAGAGUUUGUGCUGCAUGUGGAUGUGGUGUGGCUGGUGCCAUUUACAGUUUGCACAGAAUGCAAUAUUUUAGCCUCACUGUGAUAAAAAAAACUCCUACUAGAUGCUGGUAGCUAAAAGUAAUCACUAGUAGAGAUGCAUAAAUAAUAGCUGCUUUAGUACUCUCUUCUAUUUUUUUAUUUAUUUAUUUUCUAAGUCAUGUCCUUUUUGUUGCACAAAAGACAGUUUAUUUCAUGAAACUGGUUACAGUUUGUGUGAUGCAAAAAAAAGUCAUUAUUCUUUUACUACAUUUUCAUGUUUCUUUGUUGUAUUUACACACCCAGGUUUUUUUUUUGUUGAAAUAUGAUUAGUUUUGGAGAUAUAUUCAAAUGGGCAUGAAACAUACAUUAGAAUUGCACUUUGUAUAAAAUUCCCACAAAAUAACUAUCUAUUUAUAUUUUUAUUUUGUUGGAUAGAUUUACUGUUUAUAACUUAGCAUCAUAGUGUACGAUCUUCAAGGUGUAAUAAAGGUGUCAUCCCUCUCAUCCGGAGUGCCCAGAGCAUUUUAAUCUAGGCCUAAUAGAUGCUUUUAGGGUGCCACCUAUCUCACA